CUCUCCCUCUCGGCAGAAGAGUUGUUUCUCAGUACAGUCCCGGGUUGUGCCUGGACGUAGAGAGAGAGAGAGAGAGAGAGAGGGGUGACGGAAGAUGCUGAAGUUUCUGUCGAAGGUGAGGAUCGAGUUCAAUGCGCUGGACCCGCGUAUAGCCUCGUGCAUGGAGUUCUUGGCCCAGUGCAACGCCCGGAAGGCCAAGGAGUCGAACCCGGCGUGCCAGGUUGUGGUCAAGCGGCGCACCGACGACCACCCCCCUCAGAUCGCCGUCACCUUCGUCAACGGCGUCGAGGAGGUGUUCGACGGCACCACCACCACCGCUCAGAGCAUAAGGAGCAUGAUCCUCGAGAAGGGUCAGCUCCUGGAGACGGAGCAGAUGUUCCGCGAGGCCGGCGAGGCUUGGCCCGUCGUUAUCCCCGAAGAGGAGCUGCACCAGCACGCGCCUGGCACUAAGCCAAGGAAGGCAGAGUAGCAGCAGCAGGCGCUGCGGCUCCUCUUAUCUGUGAACGUGGAUGAACAGCGAGAGCCAUCAGCUGAAACAAUGUGACUGGACCUGAUGUGCUGCCAAGACGGGGAUGACUAUGUAGAAAACUAGGCUGAAGAUUGUUUCGAACACUUGCUUCGUUUAAGGUUUCACAUCGGAAGAGCGCCAGCGGAGGCGGCGAGAGACUCCACCUCCCGCUGUUCCGGCGAGACUUUCUGAUCCGACGAGGACGACGCUCCCAU